AGAAGUGUGAACUAUUGGUCUGGAAUUGUGUGUUAGAAUGGAAUUGAUGAAAAUUAGUAUUGUUGGGUUAGGAAAAGAAACUAGUCAACGUAGAGCUUUUCAACAUGGCUAGAGAACCAUUUUUACCAGGAUUUUCGUUUGAAGACAGACAAGGGAAAGAUUAUCACUUACGACAACAGUUCAACAUCAAAAAUGGCUACGGUAUUCCAAAACUAAAUCUUGAAUCACUGACAUCGAGAGAACCAACAGCUUUUGAAACAACUUACGACUUCAUCAAAUUUGAUCCGUUAGAAAGAUUUACAAAAAUCACUAAAUCAAAACCAUUACCUUACAAGCCGCAUUAUGUAAUUAAUGAUGGCAAGUGUUUAUCAUUCCAAGGAUAUUUUAGAGCAGACAUGCCAGAAUUUAGUCCAGAAAAACAAUUUUAUCGUAAAAUCAAUAUCGUGUACUAUUUGGAAGAUGAUACAAUAACUAUAAUGGAGCCACCGGUUGCUAAUGCUGGUUAUUCGCAAGGUAGAAUUGUCCGCAGAGGUCGUAUACCUAAUCCACAUACUAAUGAAACAUGGCACUGGAAACAUUUGAAUACUGGAAUCGAUAUCGAAAUAUAUGGUAUAUUGUAUCAUAUUAGUAGUUGCGAUCAAUUCACUAGAGAAUAUUUGCUGAGUCAAGGCAUCGAAGUUAACGAGAAUGAAGAUAUUCCAAAGAACGUUACGAAAGAUCACUCUAUACGGAAAUUUAGCUAUUAUUAUGGCACACAGGACACAUCGUCGCAAGAUAAAUUGUACAGAUUUUUACAAUAUGACAGAAAAGUGCUAAGAUUUUACGCUUUGUGGGAUGAUCGAGAUAAUGAAUUUGGAGAUAUAAGUCAUUACAAAGUUCAUUAUUAUUUAAUUGAUGAUACCGUUGAAAUCAAACAAGUUAAGGAUAAGUUUAAACAAAAUGAGCCAUUUCACAGACUCUUGAGUAGGACAAAACUGCCAAAAAAUUAUACACCAGGAACAGCAUUACAAGCCAGUGCGUCAGUGGCAUGCAACAAUGCUUCUGAUCAUGAAUACUACGAACCAAAAGAUUUUACUGUCGGAGGUACCAUUUCAGUAUUGGGAAGAGAAUUUUUUCUGUACGAUUGCGAUCAGUUUACCAGACGUUAUUACAGAGAUUGUUUGAAAAUAGAACAACCAGCGUCGAUCAGCAUCAGAGAAACAUGUCCCGAACCUGUGAAAAAAGAAAUUCCACCCCACACUGGGAUCGGUCAACCUGAAGAUACUUUACAAUCUUGCUUAUCCAUUGUUCCAAAACCGCCGAAAAAAGAUAUAAUUCAUUAUAUCGAGAACACGAACAAGGUACUCAGAUACUCGGCCAAAAUGGAUUCGAAUGUGGAGAACGACAAGGAUAGAAAAUUCAUCAUUCAGUACUCUCUGGCCGAUGGAAAAAUCUCAAUUUACGAAAUUAAAACAUUAAACUCGGGGUUUCCGUCUGGGUAUUUUUUAAAAUCAGCCUUAGUACCGAAACCACUUACGUUGGACGAUAAAGUCGAAUAUUACUCGCCGGCAGAUUUCGCUAUAGAUUCUAAAAUUGAAAUAUUUGGACGAAAAUUUUUGAUAACUGGAGCAGAUUUGGCAGUUUAUCGAUACAUGGAAAAAAGGCCAGAAAAAUUCCGUCCAGAAAUUAUGAAAGGUGUUGGAGAAUAUUUACAACGCGAGGGCAUUAUUGACGAAGAAGCUAAAGAAGUCGAAAAUGUUGCCCUUAACGAUGAAUAAUGUCUCGCUUUCGCGGAUAUAGAAUACGUAUUGAACUUUUUCAACAUUCUUAUAAAAUAUAAAACAUGAAAGAGUACCACCUGAACGGCUGAACCUCUAUAAAUUUUUCUAUACUUACUUACGGCAGUUGAUACUUGAUAGUCUAUGAUAUGAACGUUUAUGUGUGUUGGAAGUAAAUAUCAUUCUAUUUCUGUAAACACGAAUUCUAGUUCUAGGUUAGUAGGUACAUGUACAUUAGAAUAAAAUCAAGUACAAUAUCCCCCGCCCUGUAAAGCAACUAGUUAAGUAGGUAGGUACCUAUAUUUAUAAAAUUAAUUAAGUAAAUGAUUUUUUGUUAAAAAUAUA